AUGGCAUUCAUGGCUCUGAGAAUCCAGAAGCAGCAGAGAAUGUACAUUGAAUUAUCAUUUUUCUUUCCUGAUCAAAAAAGCAAGAGGAAAGGACCUAGCAAUACUGCAACGUUGAAAAAUUGUACAUGCUGCAUUAUUAAACCACAUGCGGUGCAACAAAAACUAAUAGGUCAUAUUAUUGAAGAUAUUCAGAAAGCUGGUUAUACAAUCACUGCAAUUCAACAAUUUCAUGUAGACUCAGUUAAUGCAGAAGAAUUCUUGGAAGUUUAUAAAGGAGUACUUGCAGAGUAUGGAGCUAUGGUAAGUGAGUUACAGACUGGACCUUGCAUCGCAAUGGAGAUAACUCAUAAGGAUGAAAAUUGUGAUAUACAUGCAGACUUUAGAAAAUUAUGUGGUCCAAUGGAUCCGGAUAUUGCACGUCAGAUAAGACCAAAUACCUUAAGAGCAAAAUAUGGAAAUACCAAAGUACAAAAUGCUGUCCAUUGUUCAGAUUUACCAGAGGAUGGACCUUUAGAGGUCGAGUAUUUUUUCAAGAUUCUUGAUGAAAUAUGA